AUGAAGAUGCCUAGUGAUGAGCCAAAACUUCUGAAUGAUGAUGAUGGUGACAAUGAUGUUAGUGUUAUUUCAACAAGGAAUUUGAGGAGUCAAAGUGAAGAUAUUAAGUGUUUCCCUCUUUUCAAUGAAAACAAGUAUUUGGCUUAUGGAAGGCGGAGUCAUCAACUCACGUACCAAUCCUCCACUAAUCCCAAACUUGACAAGCAUAUUCAUGAUCUCCAUGUACUCAUCACUACACCUUUCCACCCUGCAUAUGUUACGACAGAAAGGAUUAAGAGGAUAAAAAACCUGCAACUGCUUCUCAUUGCUGGAAUUGGUUCUGAUCAUAUAGAUUUGAAGGCAGCGGCUGCUGCUGGGUUAACUGUUGCAGAGGUCAUUGGAAGCAAUGUUGUCUUAGUUGUAGAAGAUGAGCUCAUGAGAAUCCUUACUCUUGUAAGAAAUUUCUUACCUGGAUAUCAUCAAGUUAUCAAUGAGGAGUGGAAUGUGGCAGCAAUUGACUAUAAGGCUUAUGAUCUUGAAGAAAAGAAAGUGGGAACUUUUAGUGCUGAACGCAUCGGAAUGCUUUUACUCCAACGUUUGAAGCCUUUCAAUUGCACUCUACUGUAUCAUAAUAGACUUAAGAUGGAGACAGAGUUAGAGAAUCAGACAGGGGCAAAGUUUGAGGAGGAUCUAAAUUCAAUACUUUCUAAAUGUGACAUAGUUAUCAUCAACAUGCCACUUAUAGAGAAAACAAGGUAUGACUUUCAACUAAUUUUAAACAAGGUAUGCUUUCUAAAUGAGGAGCACAUAUUGGCUAGUUGGUACCACUGA